AUGUACCUCCGCAGGGCGGUCUGCAAGACGCUGGCGCUGCCGCUGCCGCUGCGGGCGCCCCCCGGCCCCGCGCCGCUCCGCAAGGACGCAUCUGUUCGCUGGAUGUCAUCUAACAAGUUCCCUGGAUCAUCUGGGUCGAAUAUGAUCUACUAUCUGGUUGUAGGUGUCACGGUCAGUGCUGGUGGAUACUAUACUUACAGGUCAGUAACAUCAAAGCAAGUCAAGCACACUGGACAUAUAAAAGAUUUGAAAGAAGAAAGUAAAGCAGAAUUACAGCCACUUCAAGUAUCUUCGGAGGAAGCAAGUUCAGCAGCCCCUGAAGAAUCUUUGGAGGAAGCAAGUUCAGCAGCUCCUGAAGUAUCUUCGGAGGAAGCUCAGGUGGUAAAUGCUGAAGAAAGCUCAGAUGCUGAAGAAAGCUCGGAUGCUGCAGGCAGAGCAGAGGAGGCUUCAGCCUGCCCUGACGCUGCGGAGGUUGCUCAGGUGGAGAUCACCGUGGUUGGUGCUGAAGCGGAGCCAGAGGUUCCAAAUGCCACUGCCUGCGAAAGCACCCAAGUCAGCACCUCGGAGGUCACCGGUGCAGCUCCGGAUGAAGCCGCUGCCAUCAAUAGUGAUAAAGGUACAGCCUUGGAGGUCACCGGUGCAGCUCCGGAUGAAGCCGCUGCCAUCAGUAGUGAUAAAGGUACAGCCUUGGAGGUCACCGGUGCAGCUCCGGAUGAAGCCGCUGCCAUCGGUAAUGAUAAAGGUACAGCGGAGAACGAAAGCUCUGAUGAAUAUGCUGAGCUGGAAGAAGAAAAUUCUCCAGUUGAGUCAGAACCCUUUGCCGAGGGUGUUUUACAGGAAGAAGAAGCCAGUGUUGGUGCUGAGGCUACGACUCAAGGCUAA